AUGAAUCAACCGAUAGAGAGUGCAGACGGCAGGGGUCAUGGCACGAAUCCCACGCCUAUCCAAUGGUCAGAGAUCUUCUCCCGACACGAGAGUGUCCUCGCCUCGCACCUCGAACUGCUGGACUCGGUGAAAGGGCAUAUUGCGCCGGACGGAGAUGCAUUCCGGACGGUGUCGACGAUGGCAAGGAAGACGGUGCAGGCAAUGGGUCAGUUGAAGGUUGUACGGAAACACAUGAGAACCCGAAAAAAAGCGACCAACCUUGGAAGAUACAUGGACCUAAUGGCAUUGCUAGACCAUGUAUCUCGUUCUGCUGCUACCUCGAGCUCGUCCGGCAUGAACGCUCACCCGACCCCGACUCCCCAAUCCACCGACUCAGAAGCCACUAUCCGGCGCAAGCGCUCCAGAGCCGAUCGACAGCACGCAGAAAUCACUCAGCCUGAAAAUGCAACCCAACCACAGUCGCACCCCGACUCCACGGAUAAGCCGCGAGCCCCGAAACGCAAGCGCCCGGCCGCUGCUGCUACUGCUGCCUCGGCGCCCGGUGAGGACGCGGCGCGCAACAUGACGCCGUCGUCGUUUGAGACAGAAGACAUUUCAGAGGAAGUGCGGCGACGGCUACGCAUUAAAGAAGAGCGGCGCCGGAAGGAGGGCGGGGGCACCAAAUCGGAGAAGCGAAAACGGGAUAGUUUGGCAUCGAACGAAAGUGCCUCACCGGGCUCGACGAAGCCGAAGAAAAAACGAGUACGCAGGGACAGUGAUCGCAAGCGCGAUGGCGAUCUGGCGGGAAUCGAGGCAGAUGGGAGAAAGAAACGACGGAAGUCGCAAAAUGGGAGCUGA